AUGACAACCUUAUUUGGAAAGGCUAUAGUCUUCAGCACUCUGACAACAACAGCCACUAUCUAUGCCGCAUCAAAAUACUCGGAGAACCUAGAAUUCAUCAAGCCCAUCACCCUUCUGAACGACACGCCACCUGUCUUCCAACGAAUAGUCAAAACACCAAGGAGGUCGACACAAUGGGGACUUUGGAGCCGUCCAAUAACACAAAAGCAUGCAUCGCUCGAAGCUAUAAGUCAGGCACUGUUUGGAUCUACUGCAUACAAACUAGAACUACUCUUGUCCAAUGCUAAAGAAAAAGCAUCAGCCUUCAAGCAAACUCCCGGAUCUAAACUUGGGAACAUGGUAGUGCUGCUACGUCCGUCUGAGGAUGAAGUAAUAUAUGAGUAUAAAGCAGAGCCGGACUUUGACUUUAUAAUGUACCUGGGUAUAGACAGAUGUGAGCAUGAAUGUAGAGUGAACCUAGGGUUUGUGGAUUGGUCGGAUAGUCAGGUCCAGCAUUUGGGUGAGCGUGUGUAUACACCGUUGCUGCUAGACUCGGCUGCUCGUGGUUUGAAGUGA